AAAAGAAAAGAAAAGAAAAGAAAAGAAAAGAAAAGAAAAGAAAAGAAAAGAAAAGAAAAGAAAAGAAAAGAAAAGAAAAGAAAAGAAAAGAAAAGAAAAGAAAAGAAAAGAAAAGAAAAGAAAAGAAAAGAAAAGAAAAGAAAAACAAAGCAAAAAGAUUUAACAACCCUCCUCCUUGGACCGAAGGCAACGGGACAGCAGCUUCCACACCGGUCCCAGCUCGGCCCUCCCCGGGUGGCUCUUCCUGCUGGUGCCUGGGGACGCCCCCCUUCCCUCCUCCUCCUCCUCCCCCUCAUCUCCUCCUUCUCCUCCUCCCCCUCAUCUCCUCCUCCUCUGCCUCUCCUCCUCCUCCUCCUCCUCCUCCCCUCGCCCCGCUGAUUGGUCCAGCCCGGCUAUAUUUUGCCCUUUCCAGCCCAGCAUCAUCCCAAAAGUUUUUUUUGGGGGGAAAAGGGGGAAAAAUAAAAAAAAAAAGAUAGGAAAAAAAAAAAAAAAGAAAAGAAACCAAAACAAACGCAGGCGAGCCCGAGUCCCCCGAAGGCAGGCGAGGGAGGCGAACUGCGGGCGGCUGCUCGGCGGUGCUGGACCCGGUGGGACGCGGCAGGAAUCCCGAUUCUCUCUCCGGCACCCGGUCGGGUCUGACACAAAGUGCUGUCCAGCUGGAAUGAAUAUAUCUGAGUCUAACUACUGCCGAGAGGAGAUAUCGCAACCCCGGGGCGACUGUUCAUGGGUCACCGCCGCCGUGCCGGCCGCUGAGCCCGGGCUCGCCUUCCCGCGCCCCCCGGGAGCCGCCUCCCCCGCCAGCCGCACGCCCAGCCCCGAGCCCGGCUUCGCCUUCGGCCCCGGCCCCGGCGGCGCGGCCCCCGGCGCGGCCCCCAGCCGCACGCCCAGCCCCGAGCCGGGCUAUGGAUACAGCCCCCCGGCCGGCCGCCCCGAGGGCAAGGCCGCCGAGGAUUCCCGCAUCCGCCGGCCCAUGAACGCCUUCAUGGUCUGGGCGAAGGAUGAGCGCAAGCGGCUGGCGCAGCAGAACCCCGACCUGCACAACGCCGUGCUGAGCAAGAUGCUGGGCCAGUCGUGGAAAGCGCUGAGCGCCAGCGACAAGCGUCCCUUCGUGGAAGAGGCAGAACGACUGCGAAUCCAGCAUCUCCAGGAUCACCCCAACUACAAAUACCGCCCAAGGAGAAAGAAGCAAGCCAAGAAAAUCAAGAGGAUGGAACCCAAUAUCCUCCUGCAUAACCUUUCCCAGCCUUGCAGUGACAACUUCAGCAUGAGUCACCAUGGCGGCAGCCAGCCGGGCCACCCCCAACCUCCCCCACUUAACCACUUCAGAGAACUCCACUCCAUGGGGUCGGAUAUUGAAAACUAUGGCUUGCCAACUCCUGAGAUGUCUCCCUUGGAUGUCUUGGAACAGACCGAGCCGGCGUUUUUCCCUCCGCACAUGCAGGAUGACUGCAACAUGAUGCCCUUUCGCGGCUACCACCACCAUCACCAGAUGGAGUUUCCCCAGGAGAAGUGCAUGGGGCGGGACGUGGCCGUGCCCUACACGCAGACCCCCUCACACUUGGCCGACGCCAUGAGGACUCCCCAUCCCUCCAGCCUUUACUACAACCAGAUGUGCUCGGGAACUCAGAACGGGCUUUCCGCCCACCUGGGCCAGCUGUCGCCCCCGCCUGAAGCCCACCACAUGGAGAGCGUGGAUCACUUGAACCAAACCGAGCUCUGGACAGACGUUGACCGCAACGAGUUUGACCAGUAUUUGAACAUGAGCAGGACUCGUCCCGAAGCCUCGGGCCUCCCUUACCAUGUCUCCCUGUCCAAAGUGACUCCUAGAAGCAUCUCCUGCGAGGAGAGCAGUUUGAUAUCAGCCCUGUCCGAUGCCAGCAGUGCUGUUUACUAUAGCCCCUGCAUCACCGGUUAGGUUGACCCCACAUCCAAUGCGCGCACCAGGAGAGCCCCGACUCUCCUCUAAAAACAAAAAGCCAUCCUCCUUUAACCACGAGCUCCAUCAUAUUUAGAGUAUCUCAUUAAAUGCAUCGCUUUCUUGUUUGUUCUUUUUUAUUUUGAUUUUUUUUAAUUUUUUUAUUUUA